CGCCGAUCGGUUGGUUACACGCGCGCAUCACAGAACAUGGCGCACAAAAAUGUAUUAAUCGAAUAGUAGGCUAAAGUGACAUUUUCAAAAUUAAAUUUUCAUUAAACACGUCAAAAAAUUAACAGUCGAUGUACGCAACUUUUAAUAAUGGCGCCGAAAACACGCAGCCAAUCGAAACCGAGUAAUCAAAACCGGCGCCUGGUUCAUUUCAAGAGCGCUACUCACCGCCCCCGCUGCGCUAGGGCAGCCCGCCACCCGAACGGGCUUAAGAACCUGUUCUCUUCUGCAAGUCCGGCAAAGAACGAGGCGGCCUCGUACGAUCCGCGCAGAAUCGCUCAACCUUCGCCUUCGGUUAACGUACCGUCCUACGUCACCAACGUUCCGAUUAGUAGGUCUGUAAGCGCGGAUGACAUCCAGGAAAAAGUGUAUAACGUGGUAUCCGCGGCCAUCGAAUACGGAUUUGCGAACGACAUUCUGGAAAGGAACGGAGAUUGGUUCGUUUUCAAAAACAGGGCUCUGUCGAGGGCCGCCUCGAGGCCCCCGACUCCGAUACCGCGACCGAGGUACUGCAGUUUGCAUCAGGGGACGUUUCACCACCACCGAACGUAUGAGCAGCCGAAUCACUUGCCCGCGUCGAUGGACAGGCUCGUGCAACACGGGAGGGUUAACAAAAAUUAUGGGCAGAAUUGCAAUCGAUGGAAGCACCCGCCCGGAAACGGACGCCAGCGCCGCGACAAUCGGAACGUCGAAAAAAAAUUUAAAAUCAACUAAAUUGACCAAUGUUUUGUAAGCGAAUAUAAGGUUUUGCAAUUGCAACUGGUUUUCU